UCAUCACAAUGCACUCUUUCCAAACAAUUGUCAGAUUAGCCUCUGUCGCUUUGAUUGUAUCAAGCAGUAUUCAAGCAGCUCCAACUUCUAACACUGUACGAUCAGCACCUCAAUUAUCUUGCCAGAAUGAUGCUCAAGAAGUUAAUGGUCAACUCUAUGCAGGUGAUUACUAUUACGGAUCAGGUUCAACAAAGCUAGGCUAUAAAAGCGUAACGGAUGCAAGCGGGAAAGAAGAAUUACAAGUUGUCAAAUAUGAUGAGAAUGAUACAACAAUUCGUUUGUUAGACAACGUGAUCAGAAGACAAUGCAAUUCUACCGCUUUGAACAUGUACUCCAAUCAAGGUAAAUUUGCUACAAAUUCACCAGUCAAAAUCUUGGCAGAUGUUGGACGUGAUGGAAUCCCUUACUGUGUUGGUCUGUCAGACCCAGCCGGAAAUCCAUCCGAUAUCGCACUUGUUCCUUGCAGUUUCGUAGAUGAUGAUUCUCAAGCAAAUCAAUUCUGGGUUUCUCAAUGGAAGUAUGCAAACUUGUACCCAGCAGUAGGAAAGUCAAACAAGACUGAUGAUGUUGAUAAUUAUCAGCCUAUCAAACCUCCAGCUGAUGAUGCAAACCCAGCCGUUUACACGACAGAGCCUGCUUGUGAAAGUUGUAAUCCAUAUGCAACUUAUAAUAGCUUUUAUAUUCCAUAAAUCACCUUUUU